CUGCAGGUUGCUUGGCCGAGCCCCAAGGAAGAGCCUCAAUCCAGAUGUGAGAAGGCUGGAUUAAUCUGCCGCUGGAACUGGGGGCCAGUUCUCUCUCUCCCCUUUCUCCUGUUAUGUCCAAGAUCUGCUCUUUGCCUGGGAAUUGCGUUGAGUUCCAAAGGACCAGGGGACUAGGAUGAGGAGGAGCAAUAGAUAUUCCUUGAACCUGCUUUGGUUGUUGCCACCAUUCCUGGCGUGGACCGUGGUGGCCCUCGACUUGCGACCGUCGCCGUGCACCACUUUGGUCCAGGGCAAGUUUUUCGGGUACUUCUCCUCUUUCGCCGUCUUCCCGUUGAAUGCUUCCCACUGCAAUUGGAUUAUCCAGAACCCCGACCCUCGGAGGUACACCUUGUACCUGAAGGUCUUGAAGCCCUCGGGUCUCUGCGACCGCCAGCAGGUACGCACCUACCAGUUCGACUCCUUCCUGGAGUCCACGCGGACGUACCUGGGCAUGGAGAGCUUCGACGACGUGCUGAACCUUUGCGACACCUCCACCCGCUACGCCUUCCUCCAGUCCAACAAGCAGUUCCUGCAGAUGAAGCAGAGCCUUUCCAAAGUGGACGGCGGGUGGGUCAGGCGGAAACCGGCCAAAGUCCAGGAAAGGGACUUCUCGGUGGAAUAUCUCGUGGUGGGCAACAGGAGCCCCAGCAAAGCCGCUUGCCAGAUGUUGUGCAAGUGGCUGGAUACUUGCCUGGCCACCAGCAGCAGCUCCCAUCCGUGUGGCAUCAUGCAGACCCCGUGUUCUUGCUUCAGCGGCGAGGCGUUGGACCAACCCAGCGAGAUCCUUGGCUUAACCAAAAAGCAGGACGAUUGUUUCAAGGAUGGGAUUUACUUGGAGAAUUGCAUGGGUUCUACCAAGGACACCAGCGGGCUGGAUUUCUUGGGUGGAUGGAAUCCUUGGUCAAUGUGGGGCGAGUGUACCAAGGACUGUGGAGGUGGCCUUCAGACUCGGACCCGAACGUGUCAACCUCUUCCCGAUGAAGGUCUCGUCUGUGAAGGAGUCUUGGAAGAAGGGAGAUUAUGCAACAGGAAAGCUUGCAACC